AUUUUUAUUAAUUUAAAACAUAAUUUAUUUAUCUAUAUAUUAAUUUCUCUAUUAUUUUUUAUUAUAAAUUCAAAUAAUAUUCUUAUUCAAUGAUUAUUAAUAGAAUUUAGAACAAUUAUUAGAAUUAGAUUAAUUAAUAUUAAAUCAUCAAAUAAAAUUCCAAGAUUAAUUUAUUUUAUAAUUUCAGUAAUUUCAGGAGUAUUUUUAUUUUUAAUAAUUAUCAUAUAUUUUAGAUCAAUUAAUUCAAUAAAAAAUUAUGAAUUUAAUUUUUUAAUUCAAAUAAUAUUUUUUUUAAAAAUUGGAAUUUUUCCAUUUCAUUAUUGAAUAAUUUUUUCUUAUGAAAUAAUAAAUUGAAGACAAAUUUUUUUAAUAUCUACAUUAAUUAAAUUUAUCCCAAUUUAUAUACUUAUUAUUAUAUCUUAUAUUAAUUAUUGAUCAAUUAUUUAUUUACUAAUAAGAAAUUUAAUUAUUUCAAUAUAUACAAAUAAAUUUUAUUCAUUAAAAAAAAUACUAGGAUGUUCAACAAUUUUUAAUUCAAUAUAUUUUAUUUUACUAUUAAGAAUAAAUAAAUUAUUAUUUUUAAUUUUUAUUAUUAUUUAUACAAUUAAUUAUUAUUUAUUAAUUAAUUUUUUAAAAAAAAAUUUUUUAAAUAAUAAUAAUUUUAUAUUCAUUAAUAAAUUUCAAUAUUAUUCAUUUUUAAUUUUAAUAUUUAAUUAUUCAAUAUAUCCAAUUUUUUUAACAUUCAUUAUUAAAUGAACAUUUAUUUUUUCAAUAAUUAAUAAUAAUUUUUUUAAUUGAAUAAUAUUAAUUAUUUUAAUUUCGAGAAUAAUUAUAAUUUGAAAUUAUUUUAUUAUAUUAAAAAAUAGAUUUAUAAAAAUUAAUUUUUAUAAAAAUAAUAUUUUAAAUAUUAAAAAUAAUAAUUUUCAUUAUAGAUUUAUAUCAACAAUAUUAUUAAUAAUAAAUAUAUUUAUUUUUUUAAUUAUAAAUUUCUUUAUAUAA